GGGAGAGCGGAUAUAGUGAAUGCAGGGUCCGAGGAGAGAGGAUAUAGUGAAUGCAGGGUCCGGGGAGGGCGGAUAUAGUGAGUGCGGGGUCCGGGGAGAGCGGAUAUAGUGAAUGCGGGGUCCGGGGAGAGCAGAUAUAGUGAAUGCGGGGUCCGGGGAGACUAGAUAUAGUGAAUGCAGGGUCUGGGGAGAGCGGAUAUAGUGAAUGCAGGAGUCCGGGGAGACCAGAUAUAGUGAAUGCAGGGUCCGGGGAGACCAGAUAUAGUGAAUGCAGAGUCCUGGGAGAGCGGAUAUAGUGAAUGCAGGGUCCGGGGAGACCAGAUAUAGUGAAUGCGGGGUCCGGGGAGAGCAGAUAUAGUGAAUGCAGGUU